CUUCCUCGCUUCCUUUAUCUCACCCUCCUCCUCCUCCUCCUCCUCCUCCCUGGAGAUGGUCCGUUGGCGGGCCCUGCUGCUGCUGACCUAUCACCUGGCCUCCCUGCUGGCCUCGGCGGCGGCGGCGGGCUCUGAGCGCCAGCGGCACCGCGUGCAGCACGGCCCCUGCACCUACACCUUCGUGCUGCCCGAGCUCGACCACUGUCGCCCCGCCCUGUCACCCCUCCAGGACCUCCCCCAGGGGGCGGCCGACGCCCCGCAGAGGGACUCCCCAUCCCAGGGAGGCCCGGGUGUGGGGGACUCCCCCCGGGGGGAGGAGGACACGGAGGGGAGGGCAGCCCGGAUGAAGCACGCCAGGCAGGAGAGGAAGCUGGAGAGCCUGGAGAGCGCCAUGGAGAACAACACGCUGUGGUUGCGGAGGUUGGAGAGCUUCAUCAGGGAGAAUGUGCGCUCCGGUAUGGAGGAGAAGAGGAACGAGGUGCACACACAGACGGCGGCCAUGUUGGAAAUGGGCACCAACCUCCUCAGCCAAUCGGCGGAGCAAACCCGCAAGCUGACGGACGUGGAGACCCAGGUGUUGAACCAGACCAGCCGGCUGGAGAUCCAGUUGCUGGAGUACUCGCUGUUCACCAACCGGCUGGAGAAACACAUCCUGCAGCAGACCCAGGAGAUCUCCCGGCUCAACGAGAAAAACAGUUUCCUGGAGCAGCGGUUCUCGGCGCUGGAGUCCCGCUACGGCAGGGAGCUCCAGGGGCUGCAGCAGGAGAAGCAGCAGCUGCAGGAGCUCCUGGACAGGCAGAGCCUCCUGGUGGGACAGCUCCAGGGGGAGGUGGACGGCUCCACGGCCAACAGCUCCAUGCUGCAGAGGCAGCAGGCCCUGCUCACCAACUCUGUUCAGCAGCUGCUGGCCAUGGUCAACCACUGCAAUGAGAUCGCCACAACGGCAAAAGAGGAGCAGGCCAGUUUCAGAGACUGUGCAGACAUCCUGCGUUCCGGAGUGAAAGACAACGGGAUAUACAGCAUCCGCCUCCCAAACUCCAGCCAAACCGUCAAGGUGUUCUGUGACAUGCAGACCCGCGGAGGGGGGUGGACCGUGCUGCAGCACCGGCGGAACGGCUCGGUGGACUUCCACCGCGGAUGGAGCGACUACAAGGCGGGCUUUGGAGAUCUGUCCGGAGAGCACUGGCUGGGGAAUGACAUCAUCCACCAGCUGACCAGCUCCCAGGACUACAGCCUGCAGGUGCGUCUGAGGGACCGCGGCGGCAGCGAGGUCUUCUCCCAUUACGACCACUUCCACGUGGACGCUGAGGACGCCAACUACAGCCUCCACGCCCAAGGGUUCAGCGGCACAGCGGGGCGCACAAGCAGCCUGACUCACUCCGGCACGGCCUUCAGCACCAAGGACAGGGACAACGACGGCUGCACCUGCAAGUGUGCGCAGAUCGCCUCUGGGGGCUGGUGGUUUGAGGCCUGCGGUCCAUCUAACCUGAAUGGGAUGUACUACCCGGCAUCCUCCACUGUGGUCAGCUACAACGGCAUCAAGUGGUACUACUGGAAGGGCCCCAAGCUGAUGGCUACCAUGACAACCAUGAUGGUGCGCCCGGCAAACCUGUAGAGCCGGGAACAUUCUGUUCAUUUGCUGUGUGUGUGUGUGUG